AUUCCACCUGAAGUUUGUUUUUGUUUUAGUCUGUUUACCGACGAAUUUUCUCCAGCUCGCAAAAAUUUCCGAUGACUCCAAAAUGAACGUAAAGAUCUACCUGUCCUCGAAGCUGGUCGAGCACUGCACCUUCUGCCAGCUGUACGGCGUAAUCGAGGUGCAGCGGGACGAAAUCCGGUUCGUGGUGCUGGACCGCCGGCUGCUCCCGGGAACAUACCUGAUUGGGGAAAUUUGCAGCGAGUCCGACUACCGGCGCUUCCAGGAGGGGGCGGCCACGGAUCGCGACCGGGACGCGCUGCUUCAGGAGGAGAACUUUCUGCGGCUGUCGGUUUCGGACCGGGGUGGCCGCAUCAAGCACGUCACGACCAAGGUGAAGGGCGUAACGAUUGAGACGUUGGACAAGAUUUUGAUAAUCUACGACGAGCGAGGCUUUUCGAAUUUGGCCGAGAACCGAACGGUGGAGGAGGGAGAUGGCGGGGAGAACGAUUUGCUGCAUUUGGCGCGGUUGAUAAAAUCGGCCAAGCCGGCGCGGAACUCGGCGCUGCAGGAUGCGCUCGGGUGGGCGGCUGCGAGUCCGGUUACGGGAACGGUGCGAAUGGUGGCGUGGCCGCUGCUGGUGCUGUUGCGCGUGCUGCUCAAGAAGACGGCCUUGUACUUUCACUUUUCCGAGUGGGUAGCCAGCGUGAGGAGGAAGGGGUUUGAGGGAGCCAAAUGGGCACUCUUGUUCGACAUUGGCUUCGGCGUGAUGGUCCUAUCGGCGGUGCUGUACUUUGGCAACCCGGGAGCAUACUUCAUGGAGUCGGCUGAGCUGGUCAUCAACUACCUUCGGGAAUUGUUGCAAACUCUGCGGGGAAGCCCGAUUGGGCUGAAGCUCAACGUCCCGUUGAACAAUUUCUUCCUGAGCUGCUUCCUGUACCACGUGGAUCUCUGGUGGACGUUCCUGAUCAUCGUGUCGCCCGCGAUUCACUUUCUGUUCAUUCCACUGUCCGUGCUGGGUCUGCUCGGGUUCUCCUUCCAGCUGGCCAUGCUGUCCGAUUUGAUCAUUUUGAUCAGCUUGCACGCGCACUGCUUCUACAUCUACGCGGCCGUCUUGUACCGCAUCGAAAUCGGUGGCAUCCGGGCGCUGUGCCGGAUCGUGCUGGGCAAGAAGCGCAACGUUCUGCGCGAUCGCGUUGAAUCGCACGAGUACAUGAACCGGCAGCUCUUCCUCGCAACGCUGACCUUCGCCGUGCUCCUGUUCCUGUUUCCCACCAUUCUCGUGUACUACGCGGUCUUAGCCACGCUUCGGUUCGGCAUCUACUGCGUCUCGUACGCGUUGAUGACGGUCCGGCGGAUGAUAUUGCGCUUCCCGUUCGACGGGCUGAUCCGGUGGGCACGCGGACAGUACACCCACGUGGACAGUUUGGAGAUUUACAACAUCGGAGCGUACGCCAAGGAGAACAUUACGAUAAUCUACAUUGCGCCUCGAGCGGACGCCGGCGGGGGGUCGUUUUGGCGGACCGGAAUGGCGUGGAACGGUGAAGGGGCAGCCUCGACCAAAGGGACCAUCUCGAUUGGACAGUUUUUCGGCAGUCUGGUGCGCGGCGAAAUGGUGCCGUUUAUUCAACCGGACGAAAGCGUCCACCGGAAGGAGAAGGAAGUGUGAAUUUUCGAAGCUAGAGACUGACGCAAAAUAAAUAACUGUGAAAUAACCG